ACGGGCCACUGGCGCGCGCCCGUCGCGCGGGGGCGCUCAAACAAAGCAGCACAAGCGGCGGCUGCAGGCCGAAACACUGAGAGCAAAUACAGUGCAGGCCGCUCUUAGCAAGAAGACACCCACGAACCUCCACCUACCGCCCGGUUCGGGACAUGGCGUCGGAACCGUGCUCACAAAUUGAAGCCGAACUUUAUUACCUGAUCGCCAGAUUCCUGCAGUCUGGGCCAUGUCAGAAAUCCGCUCAGACGCUGCUGCAGGAGCUGCACGAAUACGAGAUCAUCCCGAAGCGCUGGAGCUGGGAUGGGAAGCAGUUCAAGCGAAGCUUUGAAGACUGGGUCUUGUUAAAUCAGCACAUACCUGCGGAUUACCUGUUGCGUGUAUGUGAACAGAUCGGCCCACUGAUAGAUAAACACAUUCCUCCCAGUGUUCCUGGAGUCCACAGUUUGCUGGGCACAGGGCAACAGUCAUUACUACGGACCGCAAAAAGUUCUUCACAUGCAGUAUGGAGCGGUUCUGCUCUAGUUGCCUUGCACAGGGGGAGGCCCCCAGAACAACCUCUCAGCUGUGCCAAACCACCAACUAUAGUGUCAAUCAUGGGUGCUCGCCAAAAAAACGGAGUGGCUCGAUUUGGUCAUGCCUUUCCCUCCUGUACCUAUCAGCACAUGAAGAUGCAUCGAAGGAUUCUGGGCCAUCUCUCAUCAGUAUACUGUGUGGCGUUUGACCGCACAGGACGUCGCAUUUUCACGGGUUCUGAUGACUGUCUAGUGAAGACCUGGGCUACGGAUGAUGGCCGUCUCCUAGCCACUCUGCGUGGACAUGCGGCAGAGAUAUCAGACAUGACAGUAAAUUUCGAGAAUACACUCCUUGCUUCUGCCAGCUGUGACAAGGUCAUCCGCGUGUGGUGCCUGCGUACUUGUGCACCUGUGGCAGUGUUGCUGGGCCAUACGGCCUCUAUCACCUCCAUUCAGUUUUGUCCAUCAGCAUUAGGUUCGUCUCGGUAUCUGGCCACCACUGGAGCUGAUGGCAUGGUGUGUUUCUGGCAGUGGAACUCACGCAGCAUGAAGUUUGAUGAUCUGCCCGUGAAGUUUAUGGAACGUUCUCGUCCUGGAGUUCAGAUAUCCUGCAGCUCAUUCAGCUCUGGGGGAUUGUUUCUGGCCACUGGAGGGACAGAUCACAUGAUCAGAGUUUACUACCUCGGCACAGAGAAGCCUGUGAAGUUUUCUGACCUGGACUCCCACACGGAUAAAGUUGUAGCUAUUCAAUUCUGCAAUAACACAGACAGUCUCAGAUUUGUGAGUGGUAGUCGGGAUGGUACGGCACGAAUUUGGCAUUACCAACAGCAGGAAUGGAAGAGUACCGUCCUGGACAUGACCACCAGAUUACCAGGGAGUGCUGUGAUAUCAGGCGAUGACAAAUCAACCAAGUUGGUGGUGACCAUGGUCGCGUGGGAUCGUUGCGACCGUUCCAUCAUCACAGCUGUUUCAAACUGCCUCCUCAAAGUCUGGAACUCAGCAAAUGGCCAAUUACUUCAUGUGCUGUCGGGUCAUGAUGAUGAGGUGUUUGUUCUGGAAGCACACCCCUUUGACUCACGAAUCUUGUUAUCAGCCGGUCAUGAUGGUAACAUCUACAUCUGGGACCUCAGUAAAGGCCUCAAGAUUAGAAACUUCUUCAAUAUGAUUGAGGGCCAGGGUCAUGGUGCUGUGUUUGACUGUAAAUUUUCAGUGGAUGGGCAGCACUUUGCCUGCACAGACUCUCAUGGUCAUCUGCUCAUCUUCGGAUUUGGGUGCAGUCAGCCUUAUGAAAAGAUUCCAGACCAAAUGUUCUUCCAUACGGACUUUCGGCCGCUGAUCCGGGACUCCAAUAACUUUGUUCUAGAUGAGCAGACACAGCAGGCACCCCAUCUUAUGCCUCCACCUUUUCUGGUGGAUGUAGAUGGGAACCCCCACUCACCACGUUACCAGCGUUUGGUGCCAGGCAGAGAAAACUGCAAAGAGGAGCAGCUUGUACCACAGCUCGGCUACAUGACUAAUGGUGAUGGCGAAGUGGUUGAGCAGGUGGUUGGCCAGCAGACUGCAGAUGAGUCUCAGGAAGAAAGCCCAUUGGAUGACCUGAUUAGGCAGCUCCAGCACCAGCAAUAUGAGGGACUCAACUCAGGAAAUCCUACCGGUGCUCCGGAGGCAGGUGGUCCUCUGUCACCCCCUAAUGUUGGGCUGCGACGUAGUGGACAAGUUGAGGGUGUAAGGCAGAUGCACAACAAUGCCCCCCGCAGUCAGAUCGCCACGGAGAGAGACCUGCUGGCAUGGAGCCGCCGCGUGGUGGUUAAUGAAGUCCAGUCUGGGAUAUUCAGAGUGAUGGAGGACUGUAGGCGUGCUAAAGGAGAGGUUGAGCGGUCUUUCUACAAUGUUGAGAAGAAGAAAAAAUCGACACCCACAACAGGAAGUGAGCCAGUGGGUGACAGUGUUCGCAUGUUACGGAGACCUCAGCGAAAACCUCAGCAGAGGAGACACGCGUAUCAGACCCGCUCAACUCAAGAAAGGAGACGAAGCACAAAUGUGCUCUCAUACACUCAUAACGAGGAAAGCGUGGCACAGUCCGACAGUGAAGCAGAGCAGGAGGAGGAACAGAAUGAGAACAGUGAUGUGUCAUCUGAUGGUGAAGCUCAGUGGGAGAAUGACAGUAGCUCCAGUGACUCUUCUAGCGAGUAUUCUGAUUGGACAGCGGAUGCGGGAAUCAACCUGCAGCCUCCGAAGCGACCAACUAGAAGGCCAGCCCGUGUUGCUGGAAGCAGUAGCUCUGAAGAUGAGGAGGGGACAGGGCAGGGAGAAGGAGAGGCUGAGAGAACUACUAAACGGGCUAAAAAGAAAAAGAAACCUAAACCGAAUAAACAGCGGUCUGUGCCUGCUGGAGAUUUAGAGGAAUGGUUGCCUCCAUCUUGGAUCAUGGAGACCGUUCCAAGACGAUCACCCUUUGUACCUCAAAUGGGCGAUGAGUUGAUAUAUUUCCGUCAGGGUCAUCAAGCAUAUGUCCGAGCCGUGUGUCGUGCCAAAGCCUACAGCAUCAACCCUCAGAAAAUGCCCUGGAACCGCCUGAACCUCAGGGAUCAAGAGUCUGUAAAGGUAGUGGGUAUUAAAUAUGAAGUCGGGCCGCCCACUCUGUGCUGCCUCAAACUGGCCCUCCUGGACCCCAUCUCAGGGAAAAUGACCAGCGAAUCCUUCAGCUUGAAGUAUGUACACUCAUACUCACAAAAACACAAGUAUCAUGAUAUGCCUGAUGUCAUUGACUUUCUGGUGCUACAACAAUUUUAUAAUGAGGCCAAAGAACGCAACUGGCAGCCUGGUCAGCAUUUCAGGAGCAUCAUUGAUGAUGCUUGGUGGUUUGGUUCGGUGGAGUGUCAAGAGCCGUUUGAAUCUGAAUAUCCAGACAGCCUCUUUCAGUGCUACAUUGUCAGGUGGGAUAAUGGAGAGAGAGAGAAGAUGAGUCCAUGGGAUAUAGAGCCCAUACCUGAAGAAGCUCCACUUCCAGAGGAAGUGGGGGGCAGUGUCCGGGUCACAGAGGACGAGCUUCAGUCCCUGCUGUACACCCCUCAAGAGGGAGAAUGGGGGCUUCACUCACGAGAUGAUGAGUGUGAGAGAGUCAUUACAGCCAUGGAUCAGCUGCUAACGCUCGAUGUAGCAAAGGCAUUCUCCUGCCCUGUAGAUUUGAGGGAAUAUCCACUGUACUGCACUGUUGUGGCCUAUCUCACUGACCUCAGCACCAUCAGAACAAGAUUAGUGCACCGUUUCUACAGGAGGAUCUCAGCUCUUAUGUGGGAGGUGCGUUACAUUGAACACAAUGCUCGAACAUUUAAUGAACCCCAGAGCCCCAUUGUCAAGGCAGCCAAAACGGUCAGCGGCGUCCUGCUGCAUUUCAUCAGGGACCAGACCUGUACUGAAAUGUUGGAUCUGUACAAUAAGAUGAAGAGCGAAUUCAGCAGCGCAGAAGAGGAAGAGGAGACUGUGGAUGUGGACUCAGACACUCCUGGCACCUCCACUGGUCAGAGGAGGUCUAAUCAUGUGAAGCGUGGUGUGGUCCUGGAUAUAAAUGCAUGGCACGGACAGUGCAAAGAGCUUCUGAGGAGAAUGAUGUCAAGCUCCGAUUCAGAGCCUUUCCGCCAACCUGUCGACCUCUUCGCUUACCCGGAUUAUCGUGAUAUUAUAGACACUCCUAUGGAUUUAGGCACAGUCUCUGAAACCCUGAUGGGUGGGAACUACGAGAGUCCCAUUGAGUUUGCCAAAGAUGUGCGACUUAUCUUCAGUAAUUCAAAGGCUUACACGCCCAACAAGAAGUCUCGAAUCUACAGUAUGACUCUGAGUCUGUCAGCGUUCUUUGAGAAUCAGAUAAUUUCCAUAAUCUCAGACUACAAAUCUGCAGUUCAGAAUCAGCGUAGAAGUCAACAGAGACUCAGUUGCAGCAAGAGACUACAGAUCUCCUAUCCCAACAGCCCCAAAGGAAAACCGAAAUCAGGAAAGAAAACUUCCCAGGUUUCUUCGAAGGCCCGCUCACGGAAAUCCUCUCAAGCAGAUUUGAAUGUUGCACAAGUUGAUGAAGACAGUCAGCAAUCCUCUUCAUCUUCCUUGUCCUUUUCAUCAGAGCAGGCAGGAGCCAACAGAGUUACACGCAGCCGUGUUACACCAAGCAAAUCCUCAGGUGGCAAUGGCUUCCUGCCAAACGGAGGUCGAAGAUCACGUCGGAGAAUGGUCGCGUUAACUGAAGAGGGAGAGGUCUCUGAAUGUGAGAGUACCAGCUCCUCAUCAUCCUCAACAUCUGCUUCGUCCUCCUCUUCCGGAACCUCGUCGUCUUCAUCCGAGAGUGACGACAGCAGGACUGAGGUGGCUAGCUUUGCUGACGGCGGCGAUCAUGACUACAGCAAAGCACCGCAACAAAAACAGAAAGGCAAAGCGGCACCAGCCCCUGAUGAAAACACAAAACAAAAGCGGAAAGGAGAAGCACAAACAACAACACCUGUGAAACGAGCAAGACGAGCAAAUGAAAGAGAUGAAGAGUUGGAGCCUGAGGAAGAGGAAGAACCAGAAGAAGAGGAAGAGCCGGAGGAGGAAGAAGAGGAACUUGAAGAAGAAGAAGAAUCAGAGGAGGAAGACAAUGUCAUUUCGUCAUCAACAAAAACUGGAAGUCAGAGGUCAAAUCAAAGUACUCCAAAGUCGGGGCGGGUCAAUACUCGUAAUCAGGGUCGAAGGACUGUCCUGUACAAUGAUGACUCUGAAGAUGAGGGGCUCACAGCAGACCCACUCAAUCUAGGAAUGUCACGUUCUGGAAGAGUCCGUCGCAUGACUGAACGUGCAAGAGUCAGCCAUCUUAUGGGCUGGACACAUUGACACUUUUUUUAUCUUUACACAGACUCACUACAGCGAUACUGCAGGGAUUUUGUUUUUAGUACUGUCUGUGACUUGUUUAGCUGUUUUUGUCUCAGAAACUUGAUGUUCAUGACUCUUCCUGGACUGUGGUGCUCUCUCUUCUCUGUGUUUUCCACAGAAACUACCACACCAUCAACAGUCACAUCUCUGCCUUAUUCUGGUCCAGAGCGCUAAAGAGUCAAAUUUCCUUCCUUCUGUCUGUGUGCUGCUCCCUUCCUCCUCCUCACUCUGAUUCCCAUCUUGGUUCUUCUUUUUUCUUUCACUCCGAGGAAUUUAUUCUGUCAGAAAGAUGGUGCUGCUCUCCUCUCUUUUUUUUCCAUCUCGCAUUCUUUUCACACCCUUUUUUACACAGGGGGUCAUUGAGAACACUUACGUUUACCGUGUAAUUCAGCUGACUUGACUUUACUAUUAAAUCAGGUUAUGCCUUUACCUCUGUUCAAUAAUAUAAUACAUUUUGGUGCAGGUGCAAACUGAGAUGCAUUAACUACUUCCAGAUCACUCAAGUUAAUCUCUUUGAGCACAGACAUGAGAAGGAUUAUGGGAAAUGUAGGAGAAAAUGCACUUCUCCCUUCUCCUCUUGUUCAAAUACACAAAAAACACUUCAGACUGUUUUUACAGAAUAUAUUUAUAUUUUUCCACUCUUGUACGAUACACUUUGAUUCAUUCUUAUCUU